AGGAAUUAUUUUAUAGUUUACGUUCUUUUGAGAGACCAGUUUUGUUGUAUUUUAUAAUGUAUUUUUGUUUUGGGGUGUUAGCUCUGUGGAUUAGCCUGCAAGCUUAGCCGUUUGGCAGCAGCUCUGUCACAGGGUUGUAAUGUGACUGUCAGCCUCAGCGGUUUAUUAUUUUUUUUAUCCCUUUUUGACAAUAGCAAAAAUACUUUUUUGAUAAUUAGUAUUUUAUUUUUCAUAAACAAGAAGAAUGUGAGUAAUCCAGUAAUGAGUUCAAGUACUUUCAGAAGAUGACCAUGACUCCUACUGCAGAAGGUAAAACAAACGUAGUGAUCAUGGGCAGGAAGACGUGGUUCUCGAUACCGGCACAGAACCGGCCUCUCAAGAACAGAAUCAACAUCAUCCUGAGCCGAGAACUCAAGACGGCUCCUGAGGGCGCACACUACCUAGCGCCUGACUUUAGCUCAGCGAUCCAUCUACUGGAGACUCCAGAGCUUGAGGCCCAAGUUGAUCAAGUGUGGAUCAUUGGUGGGAGCUCACUGUACAAGGAGGCGAUGGAGAGCUCGGCAUGUCGGCGUCUGUUUGUAACGAGGAUCCUGAAGCAGUUUGACUGCGACACAUUCAUUCCUAACAUCAACCUAGAAAAGUUCAGGCUCCUCCCUGAGUUCCCCGGAGUGCCGGCAGGGUUGCAGGAGGAAAAAGGACUGCAGUAUGUAUUUGAAGUGUAUGAGAGUGUGGAACAGUAAUGAGUGCUGCUGAGAGACCUCACACACCUGCUUAUGACCGGAGAUGUGUGUGUGUGUGUGUGAGACGACAGCAUGUCUUUGUAGGCACUAUUUCUGUAGCCAAGUAGCAUCAAGUCCUUACUGAAACCACAUUGUGGUAAUUCUCUGAAGCCUAAAAUCAGGAGAUUUUAAAUGGCGUUCCAGUUGCUAAUGUGUUCUAAUUUCAAUCAGUUAAAGCCUCUUCAUCUGUGUGUUUCAUCCUUGCCUUGUUGUGUCCCUGCACUUAGAGCUCAUCUCCAUGGUGUGUGUGUGUGUGGGGAGGGAACGGCUGUUGUGUAGCUCAACCCACAUGGCCCGUCCUCGCUUCUCUCAUAAAUAUGCGUUCUGUCUUAUCUCAAGGGCUAAUUAUUGACGAAGGUUCUCAUGUGCUUUGGUUGAAUAAAAAACCCUUAUGGAUCA